AGCUACGGUUUAACGUUUUCUUGGCUUCAUACAAAUGUAUUAUUUAACAAAGGGCGAUAACACCACCAGGUCGUGAUGUAGUUGGCGUUAGCAGCAAGUUAGUUAUAUAGUGUUCACUUGAGCUAGUGGUCAAUGUGCAGCUCACUAACGGUCACUAACAAUCACUAACGGCCACUGGACUCCAGUAAACGAAGCUUGUCAUUGUACAGUCACUGAAUGCAGCAAAUGACAGGAUGGACUCCAGUGGGAAACCCUCAACUGCACAGGUCGUGGUUUUAGCCACCAGCUCAGCCCUGACAGCACUCUUCUAUUCCAUUUACAAGAGCCGAGCUACAACGGUUGCAAGAUUAAAGGAAGCCAAGAAAGUCUCCAUUGAUCAGGAUUUGAUAAACAUUCUGUCUGAAACUCCUGGAAGAUGUGUCCCAUACGCUGUCAUAGAAGGUGUAGUAAGAUCCGUGAAGGAAACUCUGAACAGCCAGUUUGUUGACAACUGCAAAGGCGUGAUUGAAAGACUGACCUUGAAGGAGGAAAAGAUGGUGUGGAAUCGCACCACUCAUCUCUGGAACAACACAGAGAAAGUCAUCCACCAGCGCACCAACACAGUUCCGUUUGGCCUCGGGCCACAUGAUGACGAUAUCGCUGCCACGGUACGGGUUAUACGUCCACUAGACGCUGCAGAGUUGGACCUUGAGACCACAUACGAGAACUUCCACCCCACGGUCCAGUCCCUGUCCAAUGUUAUCGGCCACUUCAUCAGCGGGGAACGACCCAAGGGCAUCCACGAAACUGAGGAGAUGCUGCGGCUGGGAGACAGCGUCACAGGCGUAGGAGAGCUGGUCCUGGAUAACAACCUGAUCAAGCUCCAACCUCCCAAACAGGGCUUCCGUUAUUUCCUCACUCGGCUGGACUACGACUCUCUUCUCAGGAAGCAGGGGAACAGCGUCAGACUGUGGAGGAUUCUCACCGUUGUCUUUGGCGUCGCUGCUUGCUCCACGCUCCUCUUCAUCCUGUGGAAGCGAUACGUACACCACAGAGAGAGCAAGAAGGAGAGGAGCAUGCUGGAGGAAUUCAAGGAGCAGCAGAAGAAACGCAUGCGUGAACUCAACGUAGAGGAAAGCAGCGUGUCGCCCACCAGCUGUACUGUCUGCCUGAGCCAGGAACGCUCCUGUGUGUUUCUAGAAUGUGGUCAUGUGUGUGCCUGUGCUCAGUGCUACGACGUCCUGCCACAGCCAAAGAAAUGCCCCAUCUGCAGGGCCACGAUAGACAGGGUGGUGCCUCUUUACAACAGCUAAUGUGGAAUACACCACAUAAGAAGCAUUUUACAAUCAUAAUAACACUGGAAAUAUGUCUUUCAAAAGCUGUCUGUUCUUCUUUGACAAAGGUAAUGCUGGUACAUUUUGUUGCACUUUUUUUUGCAUACUGCUAGAUAAAUAGUAGGUAUCUGUGCUCAAUCAAUUUCUCAUUAAAUGUUCAAAUUAACUUUGAAACCUGUAAAAAUAGAGAAAAUGAAAUUCCUUCUUUCAUCUUGGGAGAGAGAAAAUGAGAUCCAUACUUCUUCACACUGACAAAUAUUGAUUGAUCUUAGAAGAUAAGACUUUUUCUAUGAACGUACUUACAUUUUUCCACGUGUUUCUUAACACAGUUAAGACCUUCUGAAUGCAUUUUAAAGUAAUGAGGCAUAUUUAACUGUCAGUAAGCGGUGGUAUAUAUAAUAAAAAUACACUACAUCAAGCC